AUGAUACGCCUUCCACACGUGGCAGUCGAGUCAUCAGAAUCCCGUGAAGGCGUGUCCCCAGGGAUGCGUCUUCCACACGUGGCAUCUAACUCAGCGAAAACCCGGGUAAAGCGCGCCUCCGGGGAUGUGCCUUUCGCUAGCUCAGCCGAAAGGAUUCAUGAAGGUAAACGACUUAAGAUUGAGGAAAUUAUUACCUUAAUCAAUUCCCAAUGCUUUGAUUUUUCCACGGCAAACACCUGGCUCCAAGGGCCUUUGCAUUCUGAUGUGAUACACUGGUCACCACCGCCGGAAAAUACUGUAAAAUUCAACUUUGAUGCCCGAAACUCCCAAGCACAUCAAUCAGCUUGGCUAGGAGUGAUCAUUAGGAACAAUGAAGGGAAAAUCAUGGGAGCAUGCAGAAGGUUUUCACCUAGAAUUACCUUGCCUUUCGCGGCUGAAGCACAGGCAGCAGUACAUGCAAUGGUUUUUGUUCUUGAUCUGGGAUUUAAGGAAGUAAUAAUUGAAGGAGACUCACGAUCUGUCGUUUCCAGGCUAUCUUCCACCGAUCCGGAUUUUUCUGAAAUAGGCGCCUUUAUCUGGGAUGCACGGCGACGAUCGGAAGCUUUCAGUACACGUGCCUUCAGAUUUACACCACGAAACAGCAACCGAGCGGCUCACCAGCUAGCUGCUGGAGAUGGAAUGGGAUCGAACGACAGUUUUUGGAUAGAGGAAGCCCCCUCCCUCCGUCAAAUCACAGAACAAGUUGAUGAAGAUAGAAGAUGGAUCGGCCCCCCUAGGGGUGAUUUCCUAAGGUUUUUUGAAGUUUGA